AUGAACGCGAGCGAUGCGGACCGACAGAUUAAGCAGAUGGUGAACUUUAUUCUGCAGGAAGCGCACGAGAAAGCCAACGAGAUUCGCAUUAAGACGGAGCACGACUUUAAUCUGGAGAAGCAGCUGCUGGUGCACAAUGCCAAACUCAAGAUCCAAGAAGAGUACAAACGCAAAGAGAAGGAGCGCGAAGUGAACAAGCGCAUUGCCCGCUCGGCCGAGAUCGGCGCCUCGCGACGACAAAAGAUGAUAGCUCGUGACGAGCUGCUGAAGACACUCAUUGUGGAGGGCCAAGAUCAGCUGAAGGGUUAUACGACCUCAGACGACAAGAACAAGGAGCUGCUGCGCGAGCUCAUCGUGCAAGGCCUGAUCAAGCUGUUCGAGACGGAGGUGGUGGUAGCUGUGCGCACUAAGGACGUGCAUGCUGCAGAGACGGUACUGCAAGAUGCCACGGCAAAGUACAUUGAUAUUGUGGAGAAGGAGGCCAACCAGGAUGUGAGCAACGUCAAGGUGACACUCAACAAGGCUGCUGACGGCAUGGUGUCGGACGCCAAAGCUGGGGGCGUCGUGUUGUAUGCAAAGCAGGGCAAAAUUGUGUGCGACAACACACUGGACACGCGCUUGAACCAGGUGUACUACGAUUUGAAGCCUACGGUGCGCAAGAUGCUGUUCCCGACUCCGUAG